UAUAUUGCCUCCCCCUGACCUCCUCCUCCUCCUCAACCCUCAAUCGCUCUACGCAAGCGCUCUCUCUAUUACCCCGUCUCAAAUUCCACAUCAUAAUUCGACGCAACAAUCGCAAUUCCAAACAAUCCUCGAUCCAAUCUGGCGGAGACGAGGGUUCCGUCAAGUGCAUGCUUAUCGUGUCAGAUCGAUUUUGCUGAUAAAGAUUUCUUUCAGUCUGGCCGCUGUGAAAAUUUUGUAUGGUUCUCGCACCUCUACGUGGGUGUGGGGUUAUGGUGGUAAGCCGAAAAAUCUAUGCUUGCUUUGGGGAUCGAAUGCUUCCUUCAUUUGGAGAUUGUGCCGUGUGCUGGAGGGUCUCUCUUUUGAUUACGGUUAAUGUGCAUGGUGACUAAGAUUUGACUCUGAUAGCAGAGUAGUUCCAUUCUUCUUUCUUACUUCUAAUUGGUGGUUAGACAAAAGUGAAGUAUAGUUUGCCAGCUUCGCACUCUUCGACUAAGUCGGACCUUGGUCCGUCAUUAAACUGUAAAUGGUUAGGUUUUCUUGCUUCUCGGCUCCUAACCAUUUCCACAAAUCAAAGAAGGCUAUUCACCAGUCACGUGGAGAUUUACAUUUGGCUCCACAAGCAACUUCUCAAGAUCAACCAAUGAAGUCAGCUACAGGUUUUGCCAGUUCAAAUCAGAAAUCAGAUGAAAAUAACCCAUCGAAUGUUUGUAUUCAGCAGCAUUUGAGUCAAUCUUCUCACGAAGAUUGCUGGAAAUCGGACGAUUUGAAUAGUUAUUCUUGUCCCGAUGAUAAGGAUUUUAUAGAUGUGGCCCAUCUUAAAAAGAGCCAGUCUCUAGGAAACAUUCUUGAGAAGGAGAGAGGUUAUAAUAAUUGUGAUGAUGCCACUGAGGAAGAUGAUGAUGCCGAUCGAAGAUUUUCAGUCCAUUAUUCCCCUGACAAAAACAUUAAGGCGGUCAAAGUUUCUUUCAAUGUAGGCAACUCAUCUGAUGACAAUCACCAUGAAGAGAAUUAUAUUGCCGACUCGGUUUCCAUUACUGACCCACUUCAUCAGGAAUCCCUAUUCUCCAUUGGCCGAUGUGUCGACCAUGUUGACUCUGAGCAGCCAUCAUCUGAUACGGGGCCCACAAUUGAAAGGUCACAUUCUGCAAAUUCCGCCCAAUCACUAGUGCCUCAUGCCCGAUCUUUUGAGAAUUUAUCCUCUAUUGGCGGUGCUAAUAUUGAUUAUUUGAAUGAUGCAUCUUUUCCUCAUGAUAUGGAUGGAGAAUUGAAUUUAUAUGCAAAAGGUUCGUUCACUAUUGUAGAUGACAGACACGAGUGCAAUCAGUCCAACACUAGCGGUGACAAUUAUUGUACUGGAUCUGGUGGAGUAGAAUUUGGUCAAAACCUUCAAUUUGAAUCUUUUGCUCAAAAUCUUGAUGAGCUGAAUCCCAAGGAAUUUAAUAUAAAGAGAAUUGAAGAGUGGAUAAGUCAAAUUGAUAUUGAAAAUGAUAUGAUCGUGGAAGAACAAGGCGAAAGUUCUAGUUCUGCUUCUAGAAGAGUUUCUCAAGUGGUAGCUGGUGUUUCUGCCACGAAACAUGAUUCUAGAAGUAGUCUUGGAAUGGAGUUGGCUUACAACUAUAUAUCGACUUUGAAUGCUGCUUCUUCAUCAGCCCAGAUGGCCAAUCUGGGUUUGGUCGCCAUCCCAAUUCUUAGUGCAUUUGUUGGGUUGCGGGUUUUAAGCUUAUCAGGAAACUCUAUAGUUCGAAUUACUGCCGGAGCUCUUCCAAAAGGUCUUCAUGUGCUAAACUUGUCGAAAAAUAACAUCUCGGCCAUUGAAGGUCUUAGAGAACUGACACGUCUCCGUUUACUGGACCUGAGCUACAACAGGAUAUCCAGAAUUGGACAUGGUCUUGCUUCCUGCUGCUCCUUGAAAGAGCUCUAUUUAGCUGGCAACAAGAUCAGUGAGGUCGAGGGCCUGCACCGCCUUCUGAAACUGAAUGUCCUCGACCUCCGCUCCAACAAAAUAUCGACAUCAAAAGGCCUGGGCCAGCUUGCUGCCAACUAUAGUUCUUUACAGGCAAUAAACCUCGAAGGCAACCCCGCCCAGAAGAAUGUUGGUGACGAACACUUGAAAAAGUAUCUACUCAGUCUUCUACCGCACCUCGAGUACUACAACAAGCGGCCGAUCAAGGCGGGUAAAGAGUAUUCAGAUCGCCCUAGUCAUCGGAUGAAGUCGUCUCGUCCGUUGGAAUGUGGUGGUGUGCGGUUGGAUCGGAAGCUCACUCAGAGGGCAACAAUAGUCAGUCCGUCAAAGCUGUCCAAGAGCCGAGAUGUGCGCCGUCCUCCGACAGGAUCAAAGCCGAGCGAUCAUGAUCGUAUGCACGAUAGGAGGAGGCUGUUAGGGGUUGAGAUCAGCAACCCUAUACGAAGAAUCCGAAGCGAGGGAGCUCUAUGAAACUGCCUGUUUAGGAGCGCAGCUGGAAUCAUUAGUAUCUUUGGCUUUCAAAUAGGUAAUAAGUUGGAAGGUAAUUUGGUUUCUUGUUUGAGUUGAAAAGAUGAAUAAUAAUAUAAUUACUAGGAGUGGCUCCAUAUGCAGUUGAAUUAUGGAAUAAUGUUUAGGUACAAUUAAUAUACGUUCUUACGUCAACAAUUGAUGGCGAUGUGUUAUUAUCUCUGUUGUGAUAAUGCAAGGCUGGUUAUGAGUAGUGAUACCAUUUUUUUCUUUUGUUU